AUGGCCCUGAAAUGCGGAGGACAUAUCUUCAACAAUCUCCACACUGGAAUCAAUACAAGGCACAUUUAUAUGACAAGCAAAAUGGUUGAAGAGUACUCUGGUUUGCAGUUACAACCACACAAGGCUCUUGUGGGAGCUAAUGCUUUUGCUCAUGAAAGUGGCAUACAUCAGAUUAGUUAUCAUGAUAACUACAUAUGUUUGAGUAUACCUUAG